CUCCCCAAACACCCUCCUCGUUGGUUUCUCAUCACCAUGGCGCUGGCUGUUUUGCGGGUCCUGGAACCUUUCCCGACCGAGACACCCCCGUUGGCAGUACUGCUGCCACCCGGGGGCCCGUGGCCUGCGGCGGGUCUGGGCCUGGUGCUGGCCCUGCGGCCUGCAGGGGAGAGCCCGGCGGGGCCGGCUCUGCUAGUGGCGGCCCUGGAGGGGCCGGGCGCGGGGACCGACGAGCAAGGUCCGGGGCUCCCGCAGCUGCUGGUUAGCCGCGCGCUGCUCCGGCUCCUGGCACUGGGCUCCGGGGCACGGGUGCGGGCGCGGCCUGUGCGGCGGCCCCCGGCGCUGGGCUGGGCGCUGCUUGGCACCUCGCCGGGGCUCGGGCUUGGACCGCGAGUGGGGCCGCUGCUGGUGAGGCGAGGGGAGACCCUGCCAGUGCCUGGACCGCGGGUGCUGGAGACGCGGCCGGCGCUGCAAGGGCUGCUGGGCCCAGGGACGCGGCUGGCUGUGACUGAGCUCCGCGGGCGAGCCAGAGUGUGUCCGGAGACUGGGGACAGCAGGCGGCUCCCACUCCCUCCCGUCGUGUCCUCCUUCGCGGUUUCCGGCACAGUCCGACGACUCCAAGGAGUUUUGGGAGGGCCUGGAGAUUCACUGGGGGUGAGCCGGAGCUGUCUCCGUGGCCUCGGCCUUUUCCAGGGCGAAUGGGUGUGGGUCGCCCGGGCCGGAGAGUCAUCGAACACUUCCCAGCCGCACUUGGCCAAGGUGCAGGUCCUAGAGCCUCGCUGGGAUCUCUCUGAGAGGCUGGGACCCGGCUCUGGGCAGCUUCGAGAGCCCCUCGCUGAGGGACUGGCGCUCGUGCCUGCCACUCUGGCUUUUAAUCUUGGCUGUGACCCCCUGGAAGUAGGAGACCUCAGAAUUCAGAGAUACCUGGAAGGCUCCAUCGCCCCUGAAGACAAAGGAAGCUGCUCAUUGUUGCCUGGGCCUCCAUUUGCCAGAGAGUUAUACAUCGAAAUUGUGUCCUCUCCCCACUACAGCACUAAUGGAAAUUAUGACCAUGUUCUUUACCAGCACUUUCAGACACCCAGGGUAGUCCAGGAAGGGGAUGUUCUGUGUGUGCCAACAGUUGGGCAAGUAGAGAUCCUGGAAGGAAGUCCAGAGAAACUACCCAGGUGGCGGGAGAUGUUUUUUAAAGUGAAGAAAACAGUUGGGGAAGCUCCGGAUGGGCCAACCAGUGCCUACUUGGUUGACACCACCCAUACCUCCUUGUACAUGGUGGGUUCUACUCUGAGCCCUAUUCCAAGGCUUUCUUCAGGAGAAUCCACUCCCUGGAGCAGCUUGUCUCCUCCAGGUCUGGAGGCCUUGGUGACUAAGCUCUGUGCCACCCUGAAGCCUCACCUCCAGCCAGGGGGUGCUCUGCUGACAGGAACUGGAAGUGUCCUGCUAUGGGGUCCCCCGGGCAGUGGGAAGACCACAGCAGUCACUGCUGCCUGCAGUCGCCUUGGGCUACACUUAAUGAAGGUGCCCUGCUCCAGCCUCUGUGCAGACAGUAGUGGGGCCGUGGAGACAAAGCUGCAGGCCACCUUCUCCCGGGCCCGCCGCUGCCGACCUGUGGUCCUGUUGCUGACAGCCCUGGACCUUCUAGGCCGGGACCAUGAUGGGCUGGGUGAAGAUGCCCGUGUGGUGGCCAUGCUGCGUCACCUCCUCCUCAACAAUGACCCCCUCGGCAGCUGCCCUCCCCUGAUGGUUGUGGCCACCACAAGCCGGGCCCGGGACCUGCCUGCUGAUGUGCAGACAGCGUUUCCUCACGAGCUGGAGGUACCUGUGCUGACAGAGGGGCAGCGGCUCAGCAUCCUGCAGACCCUCACUGCCCAUCUUCCCCUGGGCCAAGAAGUGAACCUGGCACAGCUGGCGCGGCGAUGUGCAGGCUUUGUGGUAGGGGAUCUUUAUGCCCUUCUGACCCACAGCAGUCGGGCAGCCUGCACCAGGAUCAAGAACUCAGGUUUGGCAGGCAGCUUGAGCGAGGAGGAUGAAGGGGAGCUGUGUGCUGCUGGCUUUCCCCUCCUGGCUGAGGACUUUGGGCAGGCACUAGAGCAACUGCAGACAGCUCAUUCCCAGGCUGUCGGGGCCCCCAAGAUCCCCUCAGUGUCCUGGCAUGAUGUGGGCGGGCUGCAAGAGGUGAAGAAGGAGAUUCUGGAGACCAUUCAGCUCCCCCUGGAGCACCCUGAGCUGCUAAGCUUAGGCCUGAGACGCUCGGGCCUUCUGCUCCAUGGGCCCCCUGGCACUGGCAAGACCCUCCUGGCCAAGGCAGUGGCCACUGAGUGCAGCCUCACCUUCCUCAGCGUGAAGGGGCCUGAGCUCAUCAACAUGUACGUGGGCCAGAGUGAACAGAAUGUGCGGGAAAUGUUCGCUAGGGCCAGGGCUGCGGCUCCAUGCAUUAUCUUCUUUGAUGAACUGGACUCCUUGGCCCCAAGCCGAGGGCGAAGUGGAGACUCUGGAGGAGUGAUGGACAGGGUGGUGUCUCAGCUCCUUGCCGAGCUGGAUGGGCUUCACAGCACUCAGGAUGUGUUUGUGAUUGGUGCCACCAAUAGACCAGAUCUCCUGGACCCUGCCCUUCUGCGGCCUGGCAGAUUUGACAAGCUGGUGUUUGUGGGAGCGAGCGAGGACCGGGCCUCCCAGCUACGUGUUCUGAGUGCCAUCACACGCAAAUUCAAGUUAGAGCCCUCUGUGAGCCUGGUAAAUGUGCUGGAUUGCUGCCCUCCCCAGCUGACAGGCGCAGACCUCUACUCUCUCUGCUCUGAUGCCAUGACAGCUGCCCUCAAACGCAAGGUUCAUGACCUGGAGGAAGGGCUGGAGUCAGGGAGCUCAGCACUGGUGCUCACCAUGGAAGACCUGUUGCAGGCUGCUGCUCGGCUGCAGCCCUCGGUCAGCGAGCAGGAGCUGCUCCGGUACAAGCGCAUUCAGCGCAAGUUUGCUGCCUGCUAGGAACCUCCUGCAGUCGAUGACCCUGCCCACAAUAGCUGGAGGUAACUAGAUAGCCCCACAAGAAGACCUAAGAGGAAAAUGCUCUUCCUAGGCUGCUGCUGACCCACCUGAAAGCUGCCUCCCUCUAGGAGUUCUCCUGGGUGCAGAGUGGUCCUGGGAGCUCCAGUGAGAGCUCAAGAGGAUCUCCUGCCUCCUUGCCCCUCAUUCCAGGCCAGCUCUAACAAUAAGGCACAUCUGCUCAGGAGGAGGGCCCAGGCUUGGGAUUCUGCGGAUUGGGCCCUGGGAGGGCCAGUUCUGAGGCUGAAAAUAAAGUGUACGCCACCCCCUG